AUGAGUAUCGAGUGGAAACUAAUCGGAUUCUUACGUAGUGCGAAAAAUGGGCUGUGCGCCGUCGCAAAAAGAACGAAAAAACACUACACAACAACAUCGGACAGAAGAACAAGCAGUACCUCAACAGAGCACAGCGAAUUCUAUUCGUUCGACGAUCCACAAGAUCGACGCAUAAGUCAGAAUUUACAACAAAAAUCGGCCACACCUAGAACGUCACCACCCGCAGCAACAUCCACUACUGAGAUAUUUAGACCUUUGCCAAAUAACGACAUGUCACGAAAAUCUCAAAAACCUCCAACGCCACCGAGUCCAUCGGACUCUGAUAGUAGUGAUUCUAGCGACGAAUCAGAGCUUCCGACGCACAAAACUCGUGAAAGCGAAAGAUAUACACCAUUAGCACCGUCCGUUUCCCCGUCUAAGAAGCAAACACGGCAAUCUGGUACACCGAAGAGAGAUCAAGUUCGAAAAUCUACCUCAUCAUCUAAGAAUCCAGUCCGAAAAAUGACUUCACCACCAAUGGUACGAACUCCAAUAAAAUUCCCGGAAAUAACUGGUCGUUGUUCGUUUUGUCCGCAUUGCCAAUCAUCAACGUACACUGCCAUUCCAAAUGCUAGACAUGUUGGACAAGAACCAUCAUGGUUCGUCAAAGAUGUUUCUUCCGACGGUCACAUCUGUAUUGAUAUGGACAAAUACGAUCAGGAUGCUGUUCACAAUCAAUUAAUUUCAACACAUGGUCGUAUUCCGGGUAGCUAUGAUUAUCGUCCAAAUUUAACGAUCUAUGAAAGAAAACAUAAAGAAGAGUCAUUAAAAAACUAUUGUACAUUACCAGCUAUUCUUAAAUAUGGAAGCACUAAAUCACCAACGAGUACUCCAUUUCCUAAUUCUGAUUAUUUAGAAAGUCACGAUCGACGAUUGAAUAAACCAUACACCACGCAGUUAUUCAUAGACUGA